UGGCCGCUAUUCAAGCAAAAUAUUUUUUUUUUUUCAAAGAAUAGCUAAUUUUAUUUUAUCUGUAACAAACAUUAUAUAACUUAUAUAUAUGUAGCCUAGGAUAUAUAAGCAAGACGCGACAGAUUGUAUAGAAUAAGAACUACCGCUAAAAAUGGGGAUGCCUAUGAAUCAUAGUAUGCCUAUGAUGCCAAUGUAUUUUGUUACCAAAACAAAACUACAAAAUUUCAUCUUUGAAAAUCUCAACAUUACAGAUAUCAAAGGAUUAGUUGCAGUAUGUUUUGUGGUAUUUACAGUGACAUUUUUGUUUGAGGCUUUAAAAUUGUUACAGAUAUAUUUUCAACUACGUGUACGACAAGAUCCUUUAUCUUAUGCAAAAACAGAUACAACGGUCACCGACCGUAGCAUUUUACUUACUCCAUUACUUAUACCAGUGGACAUACAACAGAUACGAAAACAAAGGUUAAAGUAUCAUUUUUAUGGAUGUUUGAGUCAUAUGAUUAAUUUAGCUGUAGCAUAUUUUAUUAUGUUAGCGUUUAUGACGUAUAACGUAUGGUUAGGAAUAUCAGUCGUAUCAGGUGCUACGUUAGGUUACUAUGUAUUUGCAGCCAUUGGUAACCAAAUAACACAGAAGUUCACAGAAGUGACAUCUAAAAAUCAAGCUUUGGAAAUAGAUUCAGAAUCUAACAAUACCUCUACACAAGCUGAUUCUACUACUGCUGAAAAUUGUCAUAUGUAGGUAAAGAAAUUGUAAGAAUGGUUAGCCUCAGAAUGCUAUUACAUUACCUGUACAUAUAAAGACAUUUUUGAUAUCAAAAUAAUGGAAUAUCAAAUAUGAUGAAAAAUGAAUUAAAAUAAUUUUAAUUUUUCUAUAAAAUUAAAAGGAUACCUGUUACUGGUCUUAAAAGUAUAAAAAUAUGAUAAAAUCAGCAACAUUUAUGAAAGUAGCUAAGUCUCUAACUCAGUAUCAUCCAAAGUCUUCGACAUUGAAAACACAAAUUAUUUAUUUAUUUAAAUCAACGUUGAUGUUGUGAUCUUACUGGGGAAAGAUGGGCUUCUGAUAUCCAAUAUUUAAGACAAAGAAAAACAUUUUACCAUUGGUACACGAAUCGUGUACCAUAAUGCGUUUCAAAGCCAUUUGUAACAAGAGACACAAAGACUGAGACUAGAUAUAUUCCACAAGUCAUGUCAAACGGUGACGCCCAUAUUCUUAUCUGGAGAGCAUGCUCAGUAAAUACUAUAGACUGGAAUAACUAGACGCUAGAGAUUUCCAUUAGAUUGUGACUUUUGGUGUAUUUUGCCAAACAUAACUGAUUUGAAAUUAGAGUAAAAACGGAAAAGAAUGAAUGUAUAAAUCAGUCUAUAUACAUUCAUAAUAGAUUAUUAUAUGCAUUGUGACCCAUUUGUGUCAAUUUCUAGCUCUAAAAUAUUAGCGAUUUAGCUCCUUUAAACAAAAUUUGUUUCACAUGUCUAAUCUGUGGGAAACAAAUAUUCUGCCAUUGCAUGCUGGGCUAUUUAUUCGUUGAAAAUAUAAUGGAUUUGCAGUUUACUUUUACCAUUUAGAACUUAAUGUGUAACUUGUAAUGGCCAUGGGAAUAUUCAUAUUUUUAAAAAGCUUUACAAAGCAAAUUAAGUUUUUAUGAAAGAGUCCCUAGAUAAUAUGUUUUGUUUAUGUAUCUAUUAUAUAUUUAUAAACUGUGUUCUAUAAGUUGUACAGUAUAUAUAUUUCAUCUCUGUGCUUCCUAUUUGUGUAUGAUUGGGUUCUUAUCUAUCUAUACAUGUAUUUAAAUAUAUAGAUAUUUAACUUCUCUAUAUACAUUGUAAGCAAUCAUUCAAAUAGUGCUAAUUGUUUUAUUUAUGUGUUAAUUGUAAAUAAUAUUUCUGUCCUAGAAAUUAUGUUUUUAUGUUAAUGGGAUAAUUUUAUGCUAGGAAUUAUGUUUUUAUGUUAAUGGAAUAAUUCUUUGCUAAGAAUUGUGUUUUUUGAUGUUAAUGAAAUAACAUUUCUAUGCUUGAAAUUAUUUGUGUAUGUUACAGUAUCACAUUAUGUUAAGAAUUACACACAAAAAUAUUUGUUUAGAGCAUGGUAAUUUUGAAGUUUUGUUAAGAAUUUUGUUAAUUGAGAGUGUAACAUAAACUUAUAAUAACUUAUAUUUUGAAUUAGAGAAGAAUUUCUCAAUGUUUAUAAACAUGGACGGUUAUCUUCUUUUGUUGAUAAUCUUGAUCCUUAUAAUAUACAUAAUACUCAAAGUUAAGCUGUUAUCUCAAUCCUGGGUAAGCAUUAUUUUUUCAGACUUUUUCAAAUACUUUUAGUUUUAAUUUAAAUUGUACAUAUAAGGGCCUUCAUGUGAAAAUGUACAAGUGUUGAUAUUUAUUGUCAUCAAUAUUGGUUAUAGUUCUCAUUUGCAAUGUUAUAAAUGAUUUAUUUAAGGUUUAAUUAAGUCCCACAAUUCCAUAUUAUGAAACUAUUCUAAAGACUUAGCUGCUAAAUUCAGUUAACUGAAGAUAUCUGUCAUUUCAGUUUAGUAUCACAAUCUUAAAUAGUUAAAGAGUACAUAAGAUGAGCAAGCAAACUUUUCUGUACUUAUGGCCAGUGGUCACUAUAUACACUUUACGGCAAGCUCACACCAAUCUGGUUUGAUUGGCCGGUGACGUCACAGGGACCACACAUACAAUAUACACUAUUAAAGGACAAUAUUGGUGCCAGUCAUUAUCACAUAUGUGAUAGAGCUCGUUAAACACAUUCCAAAUAUAAUUUUAACACAGAGAUCAUUGCUACGAUAGCUGAGUAAUACAGUUUUCUAGAAUCGGAAGUGACGAACGCCAAAGGAAAACACGAGUCAUCUCUCUAUAUAACUGGCUGAUGUGACGAGUGAUAACGGAUAUACGGGCGAAUUUCUGCUCACUAAUAAUUCACUCGAAGACCAAAUGUUGUUGUAUGAGAUUGUGAGAGGAUAUCUAACAUUUCAUAAAAAGAAUUGACCGCCACUAG